AACCCAGAGGGCUCAGGGCGAUCCCUCAGUCCCGGGAGCAGACCCACGAUGGAGCACGUCCCAGGCCUGCGGCUAGCUGGCUGCCUGGCCGCGGCCGCCCUGGUUAGCCUUGUGUGCAGCCAGCAAGUGUUCCUGGCCCCUCCGCGGGCGAUGUCACUGCUGCAGCGGGCGCGGCGCGCCAACAGAGGCUUCCUGGAGGAGCUGCGCAAAGGCAACCUGGAGCGGGAGUGCUACGAGGAGGUGUGCAGCUACGAGGAGGCCUUCGAGGCUCUGGAGUCGUCCAGCGCCACGGAGGCCUUCUGGGCCAAGUACACAGUUUGUGAGCCGGUGAGGACUCCCCGGGAAAACUUCACCAGCUGUAUGGAAGGUCACUGUGCCCAGGGUCUGGGGACGAACUACCGAGGGCAAGUGAGCGUCACGCAGUCGGGCAUCGAGUGUCAGCUGUGGAGGAGUCGCUACCCACAUAACCCUGAAAUCAACUUCACCACCCACCCCGAGGCUGACCUGCAGGAGAACUUCUGCCGCAACCCGGACGGCAGCACCACGGGCCCCUGGUGCUACACCAGAGACCCCGGCGUGCGCAGGGAGGAGUGCCGCGUGCCUGACUGCAGUGAGCAGGGCCAGGGGCAAGUGACCCUGGAGCUGAGACCACGCGCCGGACACUCCGGGGUGACGCUGCCCCCGCCACUGGAGCCCUGCGUCUCUGAGCGUGGCAGGCACUACCAGGGGCGCCUGGCGGUCACCAAACAAGGGACCCCUUGCCUGGCCUGGAGCAGCCCGGAGGCCCAGGCUCUGAGCAGGGGCAAGAGCUUCAGCCCGGAAGUCCCGCUGGUGGAGAACUUCUGCCGCAACCCGGACGGGGAUGAGGAGGGCGUGUGGUGCUACGUGGCCGGGAGGCCCAGCAGCUUCGAGUACUGCGGCCUCAACUACUGCGAGGAGGCCGUGGAAGAAGAGGCGCUUGGGCUGGAAGAGGCCAUCGAGGGCCGCACCACGGAGCAGGUGUUCCAGACCUUCUUCAACCAGGAGACCUUCGGCGCCGGGGAGGCGGACUGUGGGCUGCGCCCUCUGUUUGAGAAGAAGUCGUUGAAGGACGAAAGGGAGGAGGAGCUUCUGGAGUCCUACAUCCACGGGCGCAUCGUCGGGGGCCGGGACGCCCAGAUCGGCAGCGCGCCCUGGCAGGUGAUGAUUUUCCGGAAGAGCCCCCAGGAGCUGCUGUGCGGCGCCAGCCUCAUCAGCGACCGCUGGGUUCUCACUGCUGCCCACUGCCUCCUGUAUCCCCCCUGGGACAAGAACUUCACUGUGAAUGACAUCCUGGUGCGCAUCGGCAAAUACGCCCGCAGCAGGUACGAGCGGAACAUGGAGAAGAUCUCCACCCUGGAAAAGAUCAUCAUCCACCCCGGGUACAACUGGCGGGAGAACCUGGACCGGGACAUCGCCCUCAUGAAGCUCAAGAAGCCGGUUGCCUUCAGCGACUACAUCCACCCCGUGUGCCUGCCUGACAAGCAGAUAGUGACCAGCUUGCUCCAGGCUGGACACAAGGGGCGGGUGACGGGCUGGGGCAACCUGAAGGAGAUGUGGACCGUGAACUCGAACGAGGUGCAGCCCAGCGUGCUACAGAUGGUGAAUCUGCCUCUCGUGGAGCGGCCCGUCUGCAAGGCGUCCACGCGGAUCCGAGUCACUGACAACAUGUUCUGUGCCGGUUACAAGCCUGAAGAGGGGAAACGAGGGGAUGCCUGUGAAGGUGACAGUGGGGGACCCUUUGUUAUGAAGAGCCCCUACAACAACCGCUGGUAUCAGAUGGGCAUUGUCUCCUGGGGUGAAGGCUGUGACCGGGAUGGCAAGUAUGGCUUCUACACACACGUCUUCCGCCUCAAGAAGUGGAUACGCAAGAUGGUUGAUCGGUUUGGCUAGGGGGCCACACACGUUCUGGGCUCCUCACUGCGAUGUUACAGAAACCAAUCCAGUCAAAGAAUUGUUUUUGUGGUUUGUGCCUAAAUGGUGGUUCCCAAUAAAAGUGACUCUGUCAGUGA